AUGGCCAUGGAUCGGUCGUCGAGCAUCACGAAGAAGACCGACGGCGACGAGCGAGAUCUGACCGCAGAAGACGUCGGCGGCGACGAGAAGAGCGCGUCGAUCGAGAGGAUAUUCGAGGGGAAGGAGGUCCCGCCGUGGCAGCGUCAGCUGACGCUGAGGGCCUUCGUCGUGAGCUUCAUCCUCGCCAUCCUCUUCACCUUCAUCGUGAUGAAGCUGAAUCUGACGACCGGGAUCAUCCCCUCCCUCAACGUCUCCGCCGGCCUCCUCGGCUUCUUCUUCGUCAAGACGUGGACCAAGUUCCUCGAGAAAUCGGGCCUUCUGAAACAGCCGUUCACGAGGCAGGAGAAUACCGUGAUUCAGACGUGCGUGGUCGCCUCCUCCGGCAUAGCCUUCAGCGGAGGUUUUGGGAGUUACCUGUUUGGCAUGAGCGAAAUUGUGGCCAAGCAGUCUACCGAAGCUAAUGACCCUCAGAAUAUUAAGGAUCCGACACUUGCAUGGAUGAUCGGUUUUCUCUUUGUCGUCAGCUUCUUGGGACUCUUCUCCGUGGUGCCCCUCCGGAAGAUAAUGAUCAUAGAUUUCAAAUUGACAUAUCCAAGUGGCACAGCAACAGCUCACUUAAUCAACAGCUUUCACACACCUCAGGGUGCCAAGCUAGCCAAGAAACAAGUUAGAGCCUUGGGUAAAUUCUUCUCCUUCAGCUUCCUGUGGGGUUUCUUCCAAUGGUUUUUCACCGCUGGAGACGACUGUGGAUUUGUCAGCUUCCCGACAUUCGGUCUUCAAGCCUAUGCUAACAAGUUUUACUUCGACUUCUCGGCCACAUAUGUCGGCGUGGGCAUGAUCUGCCCCUACAUCAUCAACGUAUCACUACUAGUUGGAGCUAUACUUUCAUGGGGUAUAAUGUGGCCCCUCAUACUGCAAAAGAAGGGCAAUUGGUACUCUGCCGAGUACUCCUCUAGCAGUCUUCACGGCUUGCAAGGCUACAAGGUCUUCAUAGCUAUAGCCAUGAUCCUAGGCGACGGCCUCUACAACUUCCUUAAAGUCCUCGGCCGCACUCUUUUCGGCCUCUACAACCAAUUACGCGACAAAAACGAUAACCUCGUUCUUCCCGUCGGUUCCGAGUCGACAACCCCCUCGGCCCCCGUGCAGUCGUACGAUGACCAGCGCCGGACCCAACUCUUUCUCAAGGACCAAAUCCCGACCUGGUUCGCCGUGGUCGGCUACGUCACCAUUGCCAUAAUAUCCACCGCCGUCCUCCCGCACAUCUUCCACCCCCUCCGCUGGUACUACAUUGUCGUAAUUUACAUUUUCGCCCCAGUGCUCGCCUUCUGCAACGCGUACGGGUGUGGGCUCACCGACUGGUCCCUGGCGGAUGUGGUUGGGCCUAGAUGGGCCCGUUUCAUUCCUCUUCCGAUGGCAAUGGCGAUCCCCUUCUAUCUUGGAGGGUACUUUGCGAUCGAUAUGUGUGUGGGGAGCUUGAUUCUGUUUGUUUGGGAGAAGCUGAACAAGGCUAAGGCAGAUGCGUUUGGGCCUGCAGUGGCUUCUGGGCUGAUCUGUGGUGAUGGGAUAUGGACUCUGCCGAGCUCGAUACUGGCGCUGGCAGGUGUGAACCCACCCAUAUGUAUGAAAUUCCUGUCGAGGGGUGCAAAUGCUAGGGUGGAUAAGCUCUUGGGUUCUUAG